CCCCUUAAGCUUGGCGGUCAUAUUCACUGCUUAUAGGCUGCUUGGGCACAGGCGGUCACCUCCGAGAGAGCCUUGCUCUUUAUCAGAGAUAAUUCUUGACCAUGGCUCAUUCAUUUUCCUCUUUGCUUUCCGGCGUGACGAUAUUUAGUGCGAGGCAAAGAUGGAUGGCCUCAAGGAGAUUAUUGGAGAUGUCGCCUUGCGCGAGCCCAUUAAGUGUGUCGAUAUGCACACGACGGGUGAGCCUACGAGGAUCAUUUACUCAGGGUAUCCCAACCUCACUGGGACACUGCUCGAGCAGCGCGCUCAAGCUUUGACUGAGUACGAUCACAUCCGCAAAAGGCUGAUGUUCGAGCCUCGAGGACAUUGGGACAUGUAUGGCGCCAUCUUGCGGCCAGAUACUGAAUUGGUAGCCAGUGGAAAGGCCGAUAUGGGGGUGUUGUUCACCCACAACGAAGGUUAUUCGACCAUGUGCGGACACGCCACCAUCGCACUUGGAAGAUUCCUCGUCGAUGCUGACGAGUCUAUAUUCCCUAGAGGAAAGAAACUAAGAUACGACAAAGAUAUAUCGUCUUUCCAUCUGAGCCUUCAUGUGCCUAGUGGCCCACUUGAGGUCACCGUCCCGGCACUACCCAACGGCAAGUCAGAUCCUUCUCGUCCCGUCUCUUUCCUAUCUGUACCUUCCUUUGCAACUGGAGUCUCUGUCAAGAUACCUCUGUCGCCGGAAUAUCGCUGGCCAGAGUUGGGAGACCGCACAUUUAUCACUGCCGAUUUCAGUUAUGGAGGGGCGUUUUAUUGCAUUGUCGACGCGGAAGAGCUAGGUUUUUCUGGAAGGCUGGCGGAUGUUGAACUAGGGAAGAUGGAUCAUGCUUCCAAACAGCUCAAGGCGGCAGUCAACGCAAACCCCGACCUCUCUUUUCGUACAAAACAUCCGAUUACCAAGGAAAUGAGCUACUUGUACUCGAUCAUGAUCGUUGAUACCAGCCUUAGGGCCGGACAUGGCUCAGAAGAGAACGAUACAAGCGGACCCGAUCAUGCUGGAGAGGAGACUGGCCUUUGCUUCUUUGCCAACCAACAAAUUGAUCGUUCCCCAACUGGUGGUGCCGUUGCUGCGAGGGUUGCCCUCGCUUACAACCAGGGGAAGCUCUCAGUCGGCCAACGCCGGACUUACCAUUCCUUGCUGUCUCAAAGGACCGGAAUGGGCGGUUUCACUGGCUCGGUGAUUGAAGCUCUGCCUUCCAGCUCGGAACAACCACAUGUAAGAGUUCGUGUGGAAGGAUCUGCUCAUUACACUGGAAUGUUUACUGCUGUGGUUGAAGAGAAGGAUGGCCUCGGCAGGACUGGCUUUGCUUUACACCAAUUGGAAGGCUGCCAAAGAUGAGGCUACGCACAGCAGAGAAGACUCAUAGAGGUGCUAGUAAAGACAUAGACGCAUAGCAAAAGUAUUUCUCACCUAGGGCGGCCGUCGUCACUAUUGGAACAGGUAUAGCGUAAGACGCGUCCGACGCGUUUGCGGAGAGUUUCAGGUUUAACUUCACCGCCUCUUUAUCUUUUGAUUAUGCUCGACCCUU